CCAACCUUCACACACACACCGGCUCCAGCGCCCACAGACGCCCCGAGACUUGGCAUUCGACGCUCACUCGCCAGCUCCUGCGCCUCCCCUUCAGCCUCUCUCGAACAUCACUUCUCCAAAGAUGAGUCGCUUCCUGUGCCACAUCACCCUCCUGCUGCUUGUUGCCGUGGCACUCACCGCCGCACAAGGUUUCUAUUCCCAGCGAUAUGGCAAGCGAGGAGACAGCAAUAGGGAGAUUACAGUACGUUCUGGAUUCUACGCCAAUCGCUACGGCCGAUCCCCACCUCAUGACCUUCCUGAAAUCAAGGUCAGGUCAUCCAGGUUCAUCGGCGGUUCUCGUUACGGAAAGCGAUCUGGCCCUGCUGACGUCGCUCCUAUUAUGACCUCUGAAGCCGAGGAAACAGAAAUGCCCGCCACAUUCCUGGUUGGAGAGUCUGUCGUUUGCCUGCUUAUCGACGUUCCUGACAUCUAUCGGUGUAUCAGGAAAUCCGCAUCUGAGGAAUCCACCAACUGAAGUUUUCUCCCUCUAAGCGUCAGCUCUGAAGCCCAUCAUUGAACUCUCGCUUGAAAACGUCAGAACAGAAUAUUGUCUUAGGAAGAACAAUGAACAUGCAGUAGAACAUUAUAAAAAGAGUGUGGGAGACAUUUCUUUUUUCUAUUAAAAACAAGUCAAAAAUGCAAUAUGCAGAUCCUGAGUUGACAAUGCUAAUUUGUUUUUUGAGAAAUCUAUAAGGUAUUAGCUUAGACGAUGUACAGUAUAUGGUAUAUAUAUAAAUAUUUUUGCUUUUGCGUUUUACGAGCUUAUGCCUCUAUUUGGACAUUGUUUAUCUUCAUGACAUUUUCUUUCUCAUGAACAUUUAGAUAAACAAUUAGAUCGUUGCUUCCUGUGUACUAGUAUGAACCAAAGAACGUCGGUUGUGUUCGAUACGUCUCAAAUUUUAAUAAAAUAAAACAAAAUCUUAUCAAAUUCGCCAAUCAUUCACAAAUCAGGAUAACAAGUUUUCCGACAACCCUACCCUAUUUCUGAGCCCUGAAAGCGAAAGAAUGUACCACGACAGUAUUUUGUUUUGGAUUCAAUUCCCGUUUUCUUUCAUCUAGGAUUCUUGUCUCGUUUUCUUUCAUGGGGUCUAUUAAGCCCUUAUGAGCGGGUUAGCGGUCGAGAGUCAUCCUCUUCACUUAUCAUUAUCAAGAGCUGUGUUUGAUUAAUUAAUAAGAAGACCAUUUGAAGAGCGUCAUUAGGACUUUUAAUCUGAGAGAGAGAGAGAGAGAGAGAGAGAGAGAGAGAGAGAGAGAGAGAGAGAGAGAGAGAGAGAGAGAGAGAGAGAGAGAGAGAGAGAGAGAGAGAGAGCGAGCAGCAGCAACGUGAAGCAUCGAGAUCUACGAUAGCGUUCGUACAUGAAGAUUAUAUCCCCUAUGAUUUAUAGGCUGGCCUUAUCGCACCCAACUCGGACCCUCCAUAUUGCAUCAGCUAAUAUGCACAACAGAUGUCUCCGCUCUUUCCACCACGAGCUACCCCACUUCCCUGUGUUUGUAUCGAAGUUAAAUACAAUGUGUGAUCAAAGAGCUGCUGUUAUUCACGAACUAUUUUACUCAACGUGACACUACAAGGAGAGGAAGUUAAGUCAUGUCAGUAACGUUCUUGUUCAGAUAGAAAGAGAGAGAAAAAAUAUAUAUUCAUUUGGUAUCUGCAAAUGAUCCUGACUAUUGCUGCAAAUAGGUCACUGACGCUCUGUACUAAUGCCAGUGUAAAGUUAUGCAUCCUUACUUUGCAAUAAAAUCGUACUGAUUU